AUGGUGGCAGAGGAGGGCCAGACUACUGUCACCGUGCAUCGAUCCCCGCGUUUCAUUAAUCAGGUUCCAAAUCUGACCAUCCAGCCGGGUAGUGAGGCGGUAAUCGACGUAGAAGUGGAUGCUGACCCUGCUGCACGGUUCACGUGGUUCGUAAACGGACGUGAAUUCCGCGAGUCCACAAACGGUGUCGAAUUGUUCUAUCCAAGUAUGAAUCGAUGUGUCGUCAAAUUUGCGUUCCCCGUUUCUGGGGAAUACAAAGUGGUCGCAUCGAAUGUUCACGGUUCGGCAAUGAGCAGCGGAUACAUAGAAAUUCACAGAGGGCAAAAGCGCUUCGAAGCAAAUGCGUCUCCGUUUGGCCGCGCGGCCGGCGAGCAUAUUUCCCGCAACAUAAUGGCAACCAGUCAUCAUGCCGGUAGUACUGCUACCCCAAGUGCCCCUGACGGACAGGAAUUACGCCAAACGCACCAGACUGUAAAUGUGUACGAAGUGAACUACACUCAACGUGCAUCGAGUGUUCCACGAGGUGUUCGUCAUCUGGAGAGUCACGUGGAGCUCCCGUCUCCAACCAGGAGAAGAGUCUCUUUAGAACAACAUCGUGCAGAGCACGGCAAAACACUGCCUGAUCGUCUUCCACGUACCCUCUACAAAACGCGAAGUGAAGGAGCCCGCUAUCUGCCCCAUGCACCGAAGUUCAUCACCACUCUUCCACCUGAAAUCACCGUGAAUCCAAACGAGAAACUCGUGCUUUCCGUCGAUGUCUCCGCCAUUCCGACAGCGGAAUUCCGAUGGGAUGUGAACGGAUUUGAAGUGAAACCGUCGAAGAACAUCACGCUCCUUAACGAACAAAACCGAUCGACGUUGGUGGUGCAACCGCCUGUCAAACAGGGCAAAUAG